AUGGCGACUACUUCACCUCAGUCAGGUGAUAGUCUUCUAACGGCGCUUAUUUCUGGAUGUACGGCUGCUGCAGUAUCGGGAACUUUGACUUAUCCUCUUGACUUCAUCAAGACCCAGCAGCAGUUGAACAACCAUGCAUAUAUGAACAAAUGGAAUAUACCAGGUAACUAUCCCGGUAGUAUUGCUCAAUUGUACCGUGGAUGUAGUGCAUUGGUGAUAGGCCUGGUAAUCAAGAAUGCCACCAGGUUGAUCUCGUAUAAUUGGCUGCUGAAGUUCAUGGCUAUAGACACUUACGAUUCACAAGGUAACAGUAAAACCAAAACUAGUCCUCCUAGAAUAGUCAUAGCUGGAGCCAUGAGCGCUUUCAUAGAAACGCUUUGGUUGAUACCUUUUGAAAACAUUAAGAUUGUUAUGAUUCAAAACCAAACGUUACAGAACGAAAUCACAAGGCUGGAAAAAGCGAAGAUACCCUUUGACAUCACUGGUGGCAGAAUCAAACAUCACCAUCAACGAAGACUAUCGCCCGGGAAUCUCUUUACUAAACAGUAUAUCUCGCCACAUGCUUAUUUCUCUUCAGAGUUGUUGGCACAAUACAAUGGCAAACACCAUUCCAAGUUUUCUCAUUCUGCAUCUCACAAUAAGCUAGAUGCCUUGAUCUCCAAGUACAACAAGAACCCGACGUUGACUUAUUUGGGUACUAUAAAGGAAAUGUAUCAAAUGAAAGGAGUGGGAGCUUUCACUGCUGGGACAUUCAUAACAUUCACUAGACAAAUGGCUAUUUCGUGGGUAUGGCUCUCGACCUAUAAUGCUACUAGACAACUAAUUGAUCCUCACAACUCCGAACAAAGUUGGUUUGGUCACAAACACACAGCCAUUCAACUGAUAGGACUCCAUGUCCUUUCUUCGAUUGCAGUGAUUGGAUUUACUCAACCAUUGGAUGUGAUCAAGUCUCAUAUUCAAUCCAAAAACGGAAAAGCUAUCUACAAGGACUCGUUGUCCACAGCAUACCGUUUGUUCGUAGAACAAGGACCUCGAUCCUUAUUUAAAGGUGCUCUACCUCGUGGGCUUAAAGUUUUGGUGAGUGGAGGCUUGACAGCUGCUAUAUAUAGUUAUGUCGAAGACAUCGUCAAUGUUGCCGGUGGCCAAACUGUUUUUGCUUCGUGA